AUGAGUAAGACUAGUUCUUCGCGGAAACGACAUGCACAUGAAGUGGAUAAAAAUGGGCACACAAGAAAUGACUUAAACCACAAAGUUAUAGAGAAAGCAGUUAAAAAACGGAAGAAAACAGUAUCACAGUUCCGGUUGAAGUUGAAUGGGGAACAUGCAUCAUUAUCUAUUGAACCAAAUGAACGAGUCCCGCUAACUUUAACAGACAUCCAGUACUUGUUGCUACAUUCACUUCUAGGAAAUCUUAAUUUAACAGAAUCUCCUCGUUGGUAUGUUUUGGACAAAUGUGAUGGAAUAAAGCAAACAGCUUGUUUCAUUCUUGAAGGUAUCUCUAUUAAGCAUUGGGAAAGGCAUUCCAAUGAAUUUGAAAACUCUAAAAAUAUAUUUAAAAAUUUUGUUGAAAUUGUAACACCUUCUCUUUAUAGUGGGUCAUUAGUUCAAGAGCUUGCUCUUGUACCUCUGUCAGAAGCUGAUAAGGAAAGUCUUAUUUAUAAGUAUGGCAGUAUGAAUUUAGCUCUUGAAGCUAGAAAAGACUUAAUGGUUAUGAUGAAAGCUGUAUUUCCUAUUGGAAAUGAAGUUAGUCCACAAAUUAAUUUGCAAUCUGAAGACAAAUUCCCAAGAACACAACUCAUAUUGUCAGCUUGGCAAUUGAUUGAAGAAAAUUAUCCUUUACCAUUGAAAGGAAAAUUGAGCCAUGCCUAUUCAGAUUAUAUACUAACGAAAGAUGAAUAUGCUCCAGUGACAGCCACAUCACCACUAUUUGGUGUUGACUGUGAAAUGUGUUUAACUAAUGAAGGUUCUGAGCUAACCAGAAUCUCAAUUGUAAAUGAAAAGCAUAAAACAGUAUAUGACUCACUUGUGAAGCCUUAUAACCAAAUUACAGAUUACUUGACUCGUUUUUCUGGUAUUACAAAACCAUUAUUAGAAAAUGUUACUAAACGACUUGAAGAUGUACAAAGUGAUUUAAGAUCGCUUUUACCCGCUGAUGCUAUUUUGGUGGGCCAGUCAUUGAAUUCAGAUUUACAUGCAUUAAAAAUGAUGCAUCCUUACAUCAUAGAUACUAGUUUAGUGUAUAACUUCACUGGUCAAAGAACGCGCAAACCAAAACUACAAACACUUGCUAGAGAAUUUUUAAGUGAAAAGAUUCAAGUGGGAAAUAAAGGCCACUGUUCAACAGAAGAUGCUUUAACAGCAUUGAAGUUAGUGCAGUUGAAAUUGAGCAAAAGCUUAGAGUAUGGCGAUGCUGUGCACACCAAUAGACAACAAUACAAAGAAAACGUUGUGAAAAUGAUAAAGACACCACAAGUUGCCUUGUCAAUCUUCAAUCACAUGUUAGAAAAAAAGAAAUCAUCACUAAUUGUGGGGUGUGAUGAUAUAACCGGUGACUAUCAUACAUACCUAACACAGGCAAAAGAAAGUUUAUCUGCUCAACUAAAAAAAGGAAAGCCUAAGAGAAUAAAAUUAGUAACUGUGGAUGGAGUGAAUGAAGUUAUUUCAUCAUUCAAAGAUUCUAUCGGUGAUUUUAAUUUUUCUAUGGCACAUUUAAAACUUGAUAUCUCUGAAGAAAAGGAAUUAGAGGAGAUCAAGGUAAUAGAUACAUGGAUCAAGAAUAUCUGGGAUUGUCUCGCAUCUGCCUCCCUAUGUGUUGUUAUCUUUGGAGGCACAAGUGAAGAUAAUGGCUUAGCAAUGAUAAAAGUUAAAAAUACUUAA